AUGGCAGACGGACGAGCGGGGAUCUUGAAAGAGGUUGAGGGGCAUCUCGUGGCGUACAAGAAAGCUUGGGACAACAUGAGGUCCUACGGUGGUGCUGCUGAGACAACGAUCCAGCAGCUGGAAGAAAUCGAAGAGGUCGAAUACGAGCUGGCUUCGUAUGAGGAGGGCUGGGUGGAGCACGCCGAAGCGUCCGAGAAGCUUGGCGAACUUCGCAAGACGCUCAAGACUCUGCCGCAUCACGAGAAGAUCUCGGCUUUAUUUGCUCGGCAGGAGAGAGAGUACCAAGCCGUCCACACGAUCGGUAUCGAGAACGGCAACGGGACGCUUGCGCGUGAGGUCGGUCGACUCGCCGACCAGGCGCGCGAGGAAUGCCGCCGUCCUCUCGCCGGCCCGCACCUCCUCAACCGUCGGCUCACCCAGCACAAGGUUUUCACCGCGCAAGAGAAGCAUCGGCGUAGGCAGGAAGCGGUGGGCCAGCUUGCACCUGUUCGUCGGACGAACAGCGGGCUCAGCAAUGUCGAGCACGCUGGGUCGACGACGGAGCAGGCGCUUGCUAAGGCGCGUCGGUCUGGUGGUGGGUACAGGGCUGGGAUGCGGUACUUCGGCUGGCAAUACUAG